AUGUUCAACAACAACGACGCACACCGCAUACCACCGGGUUCAUCCCAUUCAGAUAUUGAAAUGCUAGCACCCCAGAAGCUCGAGGAUGAGAAGCAGCUCGGUCCGGUGGGUAUCCGGGAGAGACUUCGUCAUUUCACUUGGGCCUGGUACACCUUAACGAUGAGUGGAGGAGGGCUGGCCGUCCUUAUCAUCAACCAGCCCUUUGGCUUCCGCGGAUUGAGGGAGAUCGGCAUCGCGGUCUACAUCCUCAAUCUGAUCUUCUUCGCCCUUGUCUGCUCUACCAUGGCUACAAGGUUCAUCAUGCACGGCAACCUUCUUGAGUCCCUCCGUCAUGAUCGCGAGGGUCUCUUCUUCCCGACCUUCUGGCUCUCCGUUGCAACCAUCAUCUGCGGCCUGUCUCGCUACUUCGGUGAAGAAUCCAGUGAAUCCUUCCAACUAGCCCUCGAGGCGCUCUUCUGGAUCUACUGUGUCUGCACCUUGCUCGUCGCCAUCAUACAAUACUCAUUUGUCUUCUCAUCCCACAAGUACGGCCUUCAAACCAUGAUGCCUUCAUGGAUCCUCCCAGCCUUCCCCAUCAUGCUCAGCGGCACUAUCGCCUCCGUCAUCGCUGAACAACAGCCCGCUCGUGCUGCCCUCCCCAUCAUCGGCGCCGGCGUCACCUUCCAGGGCCUCGGCUUCUCCAUCAGCUUCAUGAUGUACGCCCACUACAUCGGCCGACUGAUGGAGUCCGGCCUGCCCCACAGCGACCACCGACCAGGCAUGUUCAUCUGUGUUGGACCACCCGCUUUCACAGCCCUAGCCCUCGUCGGCAUGACCAAAGGCCUCCCCGAAGACUUCAAGCUGCUACACGAUGCCCACGCCCUGGAAGACGGACGCAUUAUCGAGCUGCUGGCCAUCUCGACUGGCGUCUUCCUCUGGGCCCUGAGCCUCUGGUUCUUCUGCAUCGCCAUCGUCGCCGUCAUCCGGUCGCCCCCGAAGGCCUUCCAUCUCAUUGGCGUCGGAGCCGCCAUGUCCAUCUGCAUCGUGUGCAUGUACAUCUUCGUCCUCAUCAACAACGUCCGCGCCGUCAUCCGGAAGGACAUCAUGUACCCAGGCAAAGAUGAGGAUGUGUCUGACUAG